AUGGACAGGGCCAGGCGCCAGCAAGCACUGACCCUCCUCCCUAAGCUGGCCCUCGUCUUCUCGCUUGCCGCCGUGAGCAGUAGCCACUGGUGCGAAGGCACCCAACGCACACCCAAGCCUCUGUGCCAGAAUGCGCGGGGAGGGCGGUGGGAGCCCGGGGAUAACAAGUACAUCCAGCGAAGGUUCAAUGCCUGGCUCUGGCAGUCCUGCGAGGAGAGCUUCAACGGCACGGAUGAACAAUGUAGGAGUGUGCUGUGGCUCUCCAUUGGGGCUGAAGUCCUGGAUAUUUUUCCGAUGCUGACAAGUGCCAUCCUCCUGGGCUCUCGAGUGAGUUGUCACAGCUCUGGUUUCAACUGGCUCAAGGUGGAUGCCUCGGUAGCCAUCCUUAUGGUCUGUCCUUGUGCAGGGCUCCUAGGCAUAGUGGCUCACAUAAUGUACACAACUAUUUUUCAAAUCACUGUGAACCUUGGGACAGAAGAUUGGAAGCCUCAGACAUGGGACUACGGCUGGUCAUACUGCCUCGCCUGGGCUUCUUUCUCCCUCUGCACGGCUGUGUCCGUCACGGUCAUGAGCCGCCUGGAAUGCAGACAGAAGCAGAAGGCACAAAAGAGCCCCGGCAGCCUCCACAUAAUCUCGGAGAACCUGAGGCUUCGCAGAGGGUUUGGGUCCUGGGAGUCGCUCCCAGUCCUACUGGACAUGCUGUUGUGA